CAAGAGGCCGAUCUGGAUGGGGCGUGGCGUACCCGCGACAGCUAUUCAAGACUGGAUUCUCAGGCUCCCCACGACGAGACGGAGCAACUCCAAAUCUGGCGACAGUCCAUCUGUGACGCAAGUCGACUCCAGGCUUCUCUCUCGCACGACAAGAUAUAUUGCACUCUAGGCCGCUGUCCUGGGCAACUACACCAACCCAACUACGACCUGUCUGCAGAAGCGUUAUACACGAGUAUAGUUUACGACCUUUGGAUACGUCGUGGCGACUUCUCAUUCCUGGCCUGGGCAGGUGCACAUCACCCGUGGCGCAAGCAGGGCGAUUGUGUCGCACACCAUCUCUUUGUGCCCUCCUGGGUGCCAAACUGGGAUCACCUGGGGGGAAAAGAGCGGCACGUGGCACGACUGGGGCUGAAUGCGGACCUCGGGUUGCCAGCACAAAUGCCCAUCACGAAAAUGCCAUCUUACGACGGGCUCUCUAUUCGUGGCGUCCGCAUUAGUAAUGUGACAGCAACGGAGGAAGAGGGCAGGGGUGAUGACGACUUUGAGACACUACGCCGUGUAUUCCGGGACUACCUCCACGGAACGAGACGGGGAAAUGGCUCCUCGCCGUCCACGAUCGAGUCUUCAUCCACCGCCCGUGGCAUGAGCAUCCUUAGAUUGAUCAUGGACACUAUCUCUCACCAUCGCGAAACGGCAGCAACAUCAAUGACAACCGAAGUGUCACGCUCGGCCACAGCCCAUCUGCGACGAUAUUAUUCGACAGCAAUGCUAUGGAUACUCGUGUUGGAGGACGUAUGGGGCCAUGACAACAACAAAGAGAUAAUCACGCCGUCUGGGUCUACCGGGAGCAACGUUGAACAGGAUAUGGAGAGGGAGAGAAAGGAGCAGGCUCCCGAAGCAGUCCACAUCACUCGGACAUCUGCUGGUAGUGAUCUUGACGCAACGAAUGACGACGCAUUUGCAACAGAAGCAUUGCAGGAAGCAAAGAUGCCAGCAAUUACACCUGCUCAGAAAUGGGGCUGCGCUUGCUUGGCGGACCUCCGGGCGAGAUUUCUCAACGAGAAUGACGGCCUGGGCUGGACCAGCGAUGAGCUCCACGCCCUUGACUCCCGGCUCGAAGAAAUUGAAGUCGGAUUGUCCGGGGAGGAGUACGAGGAAUUCCUGCCGCCAAUGUCUGUCCUAAUCACGAGCAUGCGCGAGUACAAAUGCAUUGCCACCGACGACGGGCUUCUCGGCUGGGGCCCUGGUGAUUCUCAGAUCGGUGAUGCUGUCUGGGUCAUACCAGGCACUCAGGCGCCCAUAUUGGUGCGGCCGAAUGGUAAUGUUGGAGAGUUCAAUCACAUCGGACCGUGUCUAAUGCCCGGAAUAAUGCAUGGGGAGGUAGCAGAGAAAUUAAAAAGGGAACGGGGAGAGCUAGAUAUUGCGGAGUUGGAGACGAUAACACUGGUUUAAAGCUGGCUUUCGAUUCCCGAACGGGAGAAGUAUAGCUUGUACACUAUCAAGGUGCGAAAUUUGUAGUUGCUUUCAACAUGGC